GGGGGGGGAGAUCAAUGUAUAAAUAAAACAAAAGCAAAUAAAUAAAACAAAAAUGACUUGAGAGAUGUAACGUGAACGGCGGCUCUGGGAGAAGCUGCUGAACGCGCCGUGCGUAACAGUGCGGGGAAGCAGGUGGAUGGAGAGGCUGGCGGGAUGCGGCUUUCCGGCGGGUCGGAGCCCCGUUUGGGAGCGGCGGGACUCGGCGAGCUCUACCGCGGGACAACCCGGACGCGAUACAGUGACGAUGAAGCUUUCUGGUUUAAACAUUGACUUUGAUCCUCUGUACCGCUGGAAUGUGAUCAUUGUGGCUCCUUGAACAUAAAAGACCCUGGUCAUCCCAGUCCCCAGAUCCCCAAACUCUUAGACUACAAAGUUUCCACUUGCCUCUAGCCUUGGCUGCUGUUUCUUUCCCCCAGUUUAAAACCUUAAUGAAUCCUUUUAACCUUAUUAUUAUUCAGUGAAAUCAGUGCUUUGAGGCAGUGGAGUAAAACCCAUUACCAUUCUCCUUUUAUGACUCCCGUCUUUCAUACCAACUUCAUCUUAAACCCAUAAGACCCUUCUGAUUCAAGUCUUUGAGUCAUGGCCUUGGAUGUGUGGCCCUACAUCCCACCGUCCCCCAACAUCACCAUCCCCGAGCCCCUCCUGUACGACGCCUACAACCAAGAGAAUGACUCGGACCCGAGCGGCAACUUCUCGGACACCAGAGUGCUCCAUCAGGACAAGACCAGCUCGGUCGUCCUCACCUUCAUCCACUUUAUGGUGUGCGCCGUGGGGUUAUGCGGCAACACCUUGGUGAUCUACGUGAUCCUGCGCUACGCCAAGAUGAAGACGGUGACCAACAUCUACAUCCUGAACCUGGCGGUGGCGGACGUCCUGUGCAUGAUGAGCCUGCCGUUCAUCGCCCUGCAGCUGGCGCUGGUCCGCUGGCCCUUUGGAGAGGCUCUGUGCCGGGUGAUCAUGACCGUAGAUUCUCUCAAUCAGUUCACCAGCAUCUUCUGUCUCAUGGUGAUGAGCAUUGAUCGCUACCUGGCCGUGGUUCACCCCAUUCGAUCCACCAAAUGGCGGAAGCCCCGUAUUGCCAAACUAAUCAACGUCACAGUGUGGGGCAUCUCACUGAUAGUCAACCUACCAACUAUGAUCUUCAGCGGCCUGAACCAAUUGCCGGUGUGCGGGAUAGUGUGGCCCGAGCCCCAGGACCUCUACUACAAGAUCUUCAUUUUCUACACCUUCUCCAUUGGAUUUUUCAUGCCACUAGCAGUGAUAUGUCUGUGCUACCUGCUCAUAAUAAUCAAGGUGAAAUCGUCUGGAAUACGAGUGUGUUCCUCCAAGCGUAAGCGUUCCGAGCGCAAGGUGACGCGGAUGGUGUCCAUUGUGGUGGUGGUGUUCGUCCUCUGCUGGCUGCCUUUCUACAUUUUCAACGUCACCUCCGUCACCAGCUCCAUAACGCCCACCUCGGCGGUGAAGACUUCAUUCGACUUCGUGGUGGCGCUGGGCUACGCCAACAGCUGCGCCAACCCCAUCCUGUACGCCUUCCUGUCCGACAACUUCAAGAAGAGCUUUCAGAAUGUUCUGUGCCUGAAGAAGGUGGCGGGCCUGGACGAGAUAGAGCGCAGCGACAGCCGGGCGGACCGGAGCCGGAUGGUUAACGAAGCCAUGCUCAUCAACGCCAACCUGGAGACCCAUAACUCCGCCCUGCUCAACGGCGAGCUGCAGACGAGCAUCUGAUUGGCGAGGGAGCGGUGACGACGUCCAAGGAGGCGAAGAAAGCAAUGGGGCUGCUGCCCGUUCAGAUUGCAAGGCCAUGACAAUGAUGUAACGGCAGCUCAUGGACACAUGAGCAAAGUCUGAGAGAAAAAUAAACAGUUUCUUGAGGGGUUCGUAGAGUUCACAGAAAGUGCACUGGCUCCAUUUAUAGACUCCUGACGAUGGGGUAAAUGAGGGAACCUGUUUACCUUCAAAUCGACCGAGAGUAUGAGAGAUUUAUUUUGGUUGAAAUGAGAGUGCUUGUGGUGCCUGUCAGUUUCACUCUUCAAAGAUCCAAGCAAGCGGUAAGAUGAGAUAGACCGCUGCGGACAUGGAGUGAAGAAAUACAAGAGCAACAUUGCCCUGUAUCGGCUGGAGAGUAGUCCGAAUUAGAUCGACAACCUCUAUUGAAUCACCUUCGCAAAGACAGAAACAACAAAGGAAUUCUCAUAUUUUCUGUAGCCUUUUAGUUGCAAGAGACUGAAACCGCCGCCACAGACAACAAGUGUAACUGUAUAUUUUAUUCACGUCAGCUUAUUAGUUUGGUUGCUUAGAACCGAAAGGGGGAACAAAGAGGUAUCCUUUUAUCUACUGAUGGAUUCUGUUCUCGUUUGUCUGCCUUUUAUCUUCACGGAAGGAGUAGCGGCGACCCAUAAGCACCAAUUCAACAUCUCAGAUUAAUGAUCAAGGAUGGGAAAUCACAGUCUAACCUUGCUUCUCCAAAACAACUUGACUUUGUACAUAGCAAACAGAUUUCGAGGAAACGUUGCAACAAAGGGAAACUAUUGCUUCAUGUGUGUCAAGAAUUAAAUGGAUUUUAAUGGCAAGGCAAACUUCUACAUAUUCUUGCCAACAGAAGUCGGUGAUAUGUACAGUACAGGUCUACUUGAUCCUGACUUUUACCGGAGUCAUCACUUGCACCGCUGCGAAGGGUCCUAUAUCUUUGUACAGUGUUGUGUUUUGACAAGCUCGCUGCUUUGUGGUAAAACGUGACCCUCUGAUUCCCGUUUGGUUUGGUCAGCCUAUGUAUGAGAGGGUGGCCAAAUUUCCCAGAAGGCUGAAAAAUGCGUCACGCGUUUGAACAAGGGGGAGAGAAACAAUGAAACACACGCAGAGUAGGACAAAGGGAGGAAUACGUGCGUGAUGAAGAUAAAGUUUAAAAAGGCUGUGGUGGGAUGUAUGAAUCAAAGAGAAUAGCAGAAAGUAAGGUCCUUGAAUAUGUGGGUGAGUGAGUAAGGCUGGAUAAAAAACAGAGCUGCUAGCUCUUGAAUAAGUGUGAAGAACAAGCAUUAUGUAACACAUACAUACAUACAUACAUUCAUUUCAGUACGUUAGAAUAUUAUUGGAAAGUUAAUUUAUUCCAAAGUCAAAAGACAAAUCCAUAUAUAAAUUUAUCAAUUUUGAUAAUUUAUGGCUUACAGCUAAAGAAAACCCCAGAUUUUGUUGUUCAAAAAAUAAAUAUGAGACAUAUUAUAUAAAACCAUAAGUACUUUAGGGAAAGGGGCUCCCCUGAAUGAAUGAAUCUAUCAGUAUGGCAUGGUAUGGAAGUAAUGGCUCCUUUUAGAUCUUAAGAAAGGAAAGACCGCCUUACGGGUGUUUUCACACCUGAUUGAAGGUAGGCUCUAUUUGCAGUAGUUCUCCUAGAGCCAUCUGAUUUGUGUGGUUCAGGAUUGAUUUGACAUGAGAGAUAUGACUUGUACUCCAUAUCCUAGGUAAGUACAUCCUUAUGUGUCGGCUCCUGAAGCUCUGAAUCCAUCCACAAAUGUCUUUAAGCUUUGCUUUACAGUCCCCUAAAGGCAGCGCGUACAUCUGUCUUUCACAGAUUUCCUCUCCACUCAAAACGCCGUUGACAUGCUUGUUUAGAAUACUCUGCCAGGUUGUUUACCUUUUGAGGCUCCCUGUAGAGGGCAUCGAUGACUUUCAGCUUCACGUCAGUCAAGUCAGCAGUCUCUCGCACGGUAGUGAAGGCGUUUGCCCCACAUUAUUUUGCUAAAGAUUAUUUUCUUGCUUUCAUAACUUGAUAUUUUCAUAUCGAGUUUUCAUCAGGUGUAAGCCAUAAUCAACAAAAUUAACAGAAUCAAACUUGACUUGAGUUUUUUUUUAGCACUCUGAGUUUAAUGUAAUGUAUUUGACUUUCUUAAAUUGGCAUUAACAUUUUAGUAUUCGGAAUCAUUCAAUUGCCCCUGUACAUUCUGGGUGCUGCCUGUCUGGUGAUUAGCAUUGCCUCCAUACGCCGUUUCCUCUAUUGCACCUCAUUAGUCUCGGUAUUCUGUUUUUCAUUUGUCACAAAACCCAGAAAAUAUUUGCAUACAUUACCCUUGGGGUAAACGUGACCCUCAACAAGAGAAAGAGUGCGAAUGAGAGAAUUUCUACACAACUGGAAUGAGUCAUCCAAGACGGCCGGAGGUGAGCAGAACCGAACUGUAAUCCUGGAAGGUUCAAGGUGACGAUGAGAAGGAUUGAUCCUACAAAAUCCGUGUCGCACUCAAACAUGAGUAUGCAAUCCUGAGCGUGGUUGGAUGCCUAACUGGAAAUGAGCAGAAAGAAAUGUGAAUAGAGUUAAUAUAGUGGAAAACAAUAUGUACACAUAAAAAUGAUAUGCCACUUGAUCCGAAGCAAGAAAAGCAGAUGCAAAAGUUUCAGCUGUUUCCAUAGGAUGCCAGUUAUAUCUUCACUCUUCGCCAACAAAUUCAAUAUCAGUGUCUUGUACUAAAAAUCAAGACAAAAAUGGUUUCUAUUGUAGAAGUUUGUCACGGUAUCAACUAUCAAAGACGCCUUUAAAACAGAAGGUAGUUCUCUCUACAUCAGCUGAUUUUAGUCAUGGUGGUUCCGGUUGAUUCUACAGUAUGCAUUCUCAUUAGAACCAUGAGAUUAGCUAUCAUUACAGAAGUGCCCCCAAGCCAAGGUUUGUUUUGUACAUACUUGUUGUUAGGAUUGAAUAAUCCGCCAGUCUUAGCUGGAAUUGGGUCAUUGGUUCCAGAGGGAACCAAUGGUUGUGUAGAGUUACAGUUUAUUCCAAAAUUGUUUAUACUGCUUUUUAUUUAUUAAUUCAACCAAGUUUGUUUGACAAGAAAUGACACAGGCCUUUCUCAAAAGAUAAAAUAAUUAUUACUUCUGAACAAAUAUAAAACAUUUUAAUUGCAUUAGUGCAGUCAAACCCUUCUUGUAACUGUUUUUCUUUUUAUGUCCUCAGUGGUAUUUUUUUUCCUGAUAUAUUUAUUUAGUGUUGAGCACCAAGUCCUUGAGGCUGGAAGGCCUCCUUGAAAUCACCCUGAUCUUUAGCUCUGUCCACAGACUCUGUCAGUCAGAUGUUGGUACUUUGGCCACUACAAAAAGCUAACAUUGCCUAAUCCACACCCACAUCUGCUGCCACUGCCAAACAGUUUAAAAUGCUAAUAUUUUGUUGUAUAAUUACAACUAGUUUAUUGUUAGCAUAUCAAUUAUUUCUUCACUUUUACAUACUAAAUUCAGCAGUGAACUUGAUCCAUUUGCUCUAUUUGUCUAUCUGGGGUUGGGCGAUAAUCUCCCUUAAAAAAAAAAGAGAGAAAAGAAACAAAGAACAACUGAGGUCAUGUGUCAGGUUGACUUGACAAAAAUGCUACUUGAGCAACACAAAAAAUUACGGUUCUAUAAAAAUUGUCAGACCACCAGCUAAUAAUGUUAACAGCUAGCCAAAUGGACCACCUGUCUUAGCAGAUUGUAGCUACUUCAAACAACUGGAAUUGAAGAUAUAAGCCUGCUACAAAAUCUGGAAUAAAAGUCACUUUACUCUUGGAGGACUGACGAAUCGCAGCUAAUGAGGCAGUUAUGAAACGUUUGUGCUACUACGCUAACUGUAGUUCCACAAAACUCACUUAGCUGACAAAACAGCGACAAACUUAACUGCAUAAUUGCGAAAGUCUAGAUUAUUAAUCUGCUCUACAGAUUUGUAUUUGUAUUCUUCCUUCUCUCUGAGGAUUUAUCAACAUUUUUACAAACUCACUGCUAUAUGAGUCCUAUGUGGUCCAUAUAGUUGAACCCCUACUGAUAGUUUAAUUUAAAUUGACUUUUGAUUAAAAAGGCUGAAGGAGUCCUAUGACAUACCGGCAUUCAGCUGGCCUACGUGUAAGCCGAGAAAACAAAAUUCAGUUUGCCCUUUUGACAUUUGCCUUAGUUUUAUUUCCUAUGCAUCUCAUUCUGCAGAGUAUAAUAAGUUAGAGGCAAUUAUUAGAAUGUUUGAGAAGUCCAAGGGUUUAUGUAUUAAACUUAACAUAUAUGCUAAAGAAUGCUAGUGCAUUUAUGAGUGUUAGCAGUGAGCUCAGAACAAAAAUUAGACAACUUCUUAGCCUGGUUAGGUUUACAGCUAAGCUCAAAUUUUACACUAUACCAGUAUCUCCUACGCCUCAUAUUUAUUCCCAUUUUCAUUUUGAAGUCGAGAUGUUUCAUCCAUAAAUCUUGACUCACGGCUGCUUAAAUUCGGCACAUUUUUAAUUUGAGUUAAAAACAACUCUGGAUUACUACGUGAUUACAACCUUACAGAAAAAGAUGUGUAUAAAGGUACACAGGUUUUUUUUUUUGGUAUUCUGUGCACAGCAUACAUUAUACAGAACUGGGCUGAGAUUACAUAACAGGGAGCAGAACCUUCUUCCGGAUUUUUUUUUAGUUGCUUUUUACCGCGAGCAAUCCUCUUAAUUGUUAAUUUGGUAGCAGUUGUUAGACCUUUCCCUAAAAUAAUCAAGUUUUAAUUGAGCCACAAUCGUAGCUGGAAAAUUAUAUCUGCUCAGCAGGGGAAGAUUCAUCAAAAGAUAAAAAAAAAUAAUUGAAAUUCUUUGUUGUUUAACGCUUCAUUCAUGCUGACAGAAUGAGUCCACGAACCAAGCAUACACAUACAGGGUGAUUUUUUUUCUUUCUUUUUCCAAUCGUUGGGAUGGAGACGCUUCCCAAAAGCACCUCAAUGAUGGUGUCACAGCUGGGUGGCUGAGAGAUUUGUCAGAUAUCUCAGACGCCAGCAGCAACAAAGUCGUUAACCAUAUGCUACGCAAAUAAAUCCUCUCAGAAACCAUCGACCUGCAUAAUCAGAACAGAUAAAAAGCACAGAUACGUUUCUUUCUGCAUUUAUAUUCAUUAAUUCUCUCUUUCUUUUACAUUACACCAACAAACCUAAUAAGAUGAAUGGGGAUUUCUGUGAUAAGCCAACAGAAAUAGCACAUAGAUGUAAAAUGGAAGGAAAAUGUUGAUUUUCUUCUUUUUUUUUCACAAAUAAACAUCUGAAAAGUGUGGUGUGCAUUUUUAUUCAACCCUCCUUUGUAGAGGUACUGAGCAGAACCACCUUUUCUGGAUUUGCAGCUCCAAUCUCAAAGUUUCCCAACCAUUAUUUGAGGAACAGCUCUAGCUCAGUCAAAUCAAAUGUAAAGCAAAUGUUCAGCCUUUGCUGAACAUUUGCAAAGGGUGAACAUUUGCUUAAAAUUUCAGACUUAAAAUCUUAAAUUUUAAGUCAAAAUUUAGGAUUUUGACUUAAAUUCAGCUAUGGACUUUGACUUGACUAUUCUAAUAUAUUAAUAUGAAUGACCUAAACCAGUCCAAAGUAUCUCUGAAUGUUGGUUUGUACCUUUGUACAUGUCUCAAGUCUUUUACCAUCAAUCUUUCUAUCAACUAAAAAGAAUCUCACCACAUCAUGAUGCUGGCAUGUCACUCAAGAAGUUACAUUUUGACCUCAUCCGACCAGAAUACACAUUUUUGUAAUGUUCCAUACGAGGCUUGGGGCAAACUGUAACCCCAAAUUUGUUUCAAACGGCUUCAGGUUUUCUUUUGUCUAGUGUGGUGCACUAGUGCCUAAUGAUGCAAAUUUUACACAAACAAUAAUAUUCCUCUCCUGCCAUCUAAUUAUGCCUAAUUUCCCUAAAUUACAUACCAAAUACCUAUAUUUCUUUCAGUUAUACAUGGUAUAUUCAAACAAUUUCCGCUAAAUGCAGCAUCUGGUUGGCAGCAAAAACAGUAGUAAUGUAUUUUUUAUAUAACUGUAAGUAAAUUCAGGCAGGCAUGGCAUUUAUGGAGGAAUGGAAAUUCCUUAAUGAAUUAAUUCCUGAAAGAAUUCCUGAAUGAAUUUGUGGCUUUUCUUCCACUCCAUGUGGAAAAAAGCCACAUUGUUGAAGGUUGGCAGUUGAAGGUUGGCUCUUUCCAUUUUUGAACAUUAAUCUGUGGGAUGUUCAGUUUUGAACAUCCGACUGUUUGAACUGUAGGGUUCAAAGAGUGGGAUGUGGGAUGUUUGAACACUCCACAGUUUAUAAAUUUACCCUGGCUUUUCUUUGGCGGUAACAGAGUGAAGGGGGCUGAAUAGAAAUUCACAUCACAAUUCAGGUUUUAAGUCAUAAACUUUUUUCGUGUGAAGGUUUUGUGUUUUUCUGUGUAUCCCAGUGAACGUGAUAGAAAGUUUAUAAAAACCCACAAUCAGUAAUUAAAUAUAUCUUUUCUUUUUAGAUUUUUCUGCACUGAUGAACUCUGGGUUUCUUUCAGUUUCUCUUACAGUCAGUAUUUUAGCUUCCUCAGUGUUACAGUGCAGAGUUCUCCAUCAUGUACUUGACUUCUUCUUUCAUUUGUAAGUACAACUGAUAAGGUGACCUUAUCCACUAUUCACUGUGUGAAAUAUUAAUCAUACAGGUGAGAAAAGAAAGGAUGCGAUUCAUACAUCUCCACCCAGCAUGUAGAUGAUGUAUAAAAAUGGAGCCUUUAGCUGUUUAACAGAUGUUGAUAAAAGAGAGUUUGUGCCAAAGCCAGCGCAAAUGUAGCGCUAAAAGCACCAAUGGCUGCAAUGGGGAAGUCUUUACUAGCUGCUUUCUUUAUCAUGUUGUGAAACCAAAACUUUUGUUUUCCACCCUCAACAUUAUGUUCUGUAGAAACACUAUUAGGAUCAGGUAGGUUAGGAUUCACCAAACGUUUUGAGUGAGAUGGAUACACAAUCACCAAAUGUAAAAAAAAAAAUUAAAAAAAGACAAAAAAAAGGAUUUGUCCAGGUUUAUGUCCUGCAAAUGUAUAUUGUACAGAUGAACGGAGGUUUUUCCCAGGUGAACAUAAGUUAAUUUGUGAAGGGCUAUUCCAUGCACUCCAGAGGAUGCAUCGAUCAGUAUAAACUGUGUAUUUGUCCUAUCAUCUGCUUGACCUUGCAUGGAGGAAGGCUGGUUACCGCUACCGUCCGUUUCAACUCUCCAAUUGAGAGCGGAGUUACACACGUUACCUUUCAACAGGGAUUCUCUCUCAGAAAGUGUGGAGUUCUGUAAAAGUUCAGGACAUUUGAACUCUUAAAAUCCUUCCUGUAAUAGAACAGAAUUUCUUGGCUCCUUCAUGUAAGCCCAGAUUAGUUGAUUGCAGAGGCUAAAGCUAACGGCUAGUCCAGUGUAAAACAAGGCCAUAGCGGUGGGGGCAAAUUGUAUUUACAUAGAAGCUGAUUUUUACCACAGGAAAUGGAGGUUGGAUGCUGUGCGCCACCAAUAAUCCGCCUGUCUGAAACAAGUACUGAAAGCGUGAGCGGACCAUUCCAAGUGUUUCAGGUCAAAACAAACAGCUUUUAAUUACAUUAUUAUAUUAACAGUAAUACUUUUUUUUUUUGCUUUAUUUUUGUAUCAGACUGGAUUGAAUGAUUUACAUGUUUUAAGUGUUUCACACUGGAAGGUCUUCGGAGGUGGACAUCCUCCAAGCUCCAUUUCCCAAGAAAAUAAACUUUGUCAGCUGCUGACAAAGUUGGAAUGGAAGAGAAACACAACUUUCCAUCGCAAACAUCCCAAUUCACAAAAAAUAGUGUUCACAGGAACGAUAUUUGUUGUUGUUUUCGAGAUCGGAGAAGGUAGAAUUAUAUUCUUUUAGCUUCAGCCUCUGGAACCACAGAAUUUGGAUUUGUACUAAAUGAAGACUCAAGUUUUUUGUUUGUUUGGUUUUUUUUUAACUGCAGGAAAGAUGUUAAUGGAUUUUACCUUUUAAACACAACUCCACCUCAAACAUCCUGACCUGUCACUUGUGCCAUUGCCUCGCAUUUUAGAACUGGUACAAUCUUGUAGCUUUUAAAACAACAACCUUCAGCAUCAGGCGAGUGGCUCCAGAGUGUUUGUUUCCAGUGGUGUACAGCUGUGGAUAUGUACUUCUUGAAUCGUGCUGUUACUUUUUUUUCUAUGUGCCUUGACACUUCAUACUGUCUAAAACUCAUGUGAUGACGGCAUUGCAGAGCGGACUUUUCCUCAAAAAAAUCUAACCGACCAAAGGUCUUUGUACUCUACAGACAGGUUGGCAAUGUAACCGUAACAGAGAACUGUUGGAUAUCUCUUUUUGUUAAUAUUAUAUACCCAGCUUACACUUAUGUUUGUCAAAAAGCCGAUGUUUAUUUGUGACUCUUUAUUGUCCCAUAUGGUAUAUUAUAAUGUGAUCAACGAUUGUAACGGACGGGUCAAUGUUCUUGUCUCUGCAAUUAAAACGCAGCCCAUGGUCUAGCUAGCGUGGUUGUGCAUCUGUGAGGAUAAAUGUUGUUUUUUGUGAUUACUUUGGCUUUUCUUAGAAUGUUUCAGUAACAGCGGCUUGAGGGGCCCUCUGGGAAUAAAGUCCCUGGUGGAAUUUUAAGUUUCCUCUUGAACAAAUAAAAACAUUAAGCAGAUAACCCCCCCCCACCCGAUGUGGGACCGGGUGAGGGCCGGGAAUUCCUCAAGGGGCUCCAAAGAUUGACAUGAUCUAAAGAAAAUCUACAAAUGGAAUGGAGGAAAAACACUGAAAGGGGAAAAAACUCAGAGCUGGACAGAGCUGAGUUCUUUCAGCAGAGAGGUCAGUGAACUGUGUACACAGAGGCUCAUCACAUAUUCAAAAUGCUGCAGCAGAUUUAGUUUCAGGUUAACACAAAGGAGCCGCUAGCUUUUUAGGAAGCUAAUGGUGAUAUAGGAUAUUUCUGCCAGAGUUCUGGGUAAUAUUACAGACAGUAAAUACAAAAAAGUGCAAAGUUACCCAAGUAAUUAAUUCCACAACUUCAGCUGCAGUAGGCCCUCUGUUAACCUGGACCACACAAUGCGGUUUCCUCUCACUAUUGCCAAUUCCAGGAACCUUUUUUUUUCCUGCACCCAGCAGCAGCAGUUACGGUCAUCCUCUGACCCAAUCCUCUAGUCAUCACAGUUCACUUCAAACUCAUUUACAUCCUUUCACUCAGGUGUUUUUUCCCCCUAAUAUUCUGCCGCUAACACCCUGUUGCUAACUCUGAGGACUCGAUGUUCUCUAGCUCCCUUGAAUAUCCCUGUUAUAAUGAGAACAGGAAGGGAGAUUUUUUUUUUUAAACAGAGAGAAAAAUGAAUCAAUCUUAGCUAAGCUUUUGUUUUUUUAUUUUAGUAUCUUAAAAUGCCUAAAAUAGUUGGUUGGCAUGGUAAAGGGAUAGCUUUGUUUCUUUUCAAAAGCGGCGCUGAAUAGCUUACCUGCAAACGACGUUUUGUAAUAAAGCAUGCCAUUAUUUUGAAAGGUUGUGAAAUAUUUUUAAGUGUGAAUUUGACAAAAAUGUACUCUUGAAAAAUAUUCGGUGUAUGUUGUUAGCUUCAAGGUUCAGUAUGUAUGAAUAUCCAGGUUUUAAAAGUCACUGUUUAGCACGUUUUCAGUUCACUUCAGUCAAGAUAACUUAAACAAAUUUAUACAGCAAAGAAACAUAACUACUUAAAAAUGCUCAAUAUUCUUUCUUUUUUUUUUUGCUUAAUUAUGUCAAAAGUCUCUUUAAAUGUCUUAUCUUUAGAGUGACUAAGAGAAUAUUGUGCAUCUCAAAAAUGACAUCCAACAUACAUUUGUAACAUUUGUAAUGGAUUUUAUUUAAUGUUUGGAUUUUGCCGUGGACUCUUUCAGGUACAUGACAGAAAUGGCCUUAUUUUAGUAAAUAAGUAAAAACAAAUGCAUCAAUUCUUUUGUCUCACAUGUCUGUGAUAUUUUAUGACCUCUCAUUACAGUUAAGUCUAAAAUUAUUCAUCCCACUAGUUGACUUAGACAGCAAGUCAGACUGGGGUGACGACAAAUGGCAGAUGCUUAAAUUUGAUGCAUUGUAUUUUUGGAUUGUUUUUCUUUUUUUGAGAAAGAUGCAUUUCUUGUUUAAAUGAAAUUUCUAAAUGUAAAUCUGCCUCGGCUGCGAAUAUGUUUUGUCCUGACUGUACUUUAAAUGAAUAAUAUUUCCCCAUCUGUAAUUACAUUUUCCCUCUCCACAAAAAUCCAAA